UCCACCAAGAAGGCGAAGCAAAAGAAAGCAAAGAACCGUAGUUCGUGUCAAUCUGGCCGUCGGUCGUGUCGUGUUUGAAAUAUUGCUCUCGUCAGAAAAUUGUGGCGCUUUUCGGUUGUUCGGUCCUUUUCAGUUUUUCCACUUGUUCGGUUGCGUUUUUCUUUUCGGUGUUUUUCCUCUCCUGCACGAGCAACAUUGACGGUUUCACCGCCGAUUCUCCGAGCAGCGCGCGAUUGUGCUCGCGGCCGAGGGCUUCCAGAAUGUGCGCCAGCGCUGCCGAGUGUAAACAAUUGGGCUCGUAAGAAGUGAGUGAGUGAGCGUGUAUCUAUUUGUCUGUGAGAGGAGGAGGGGUUGUGAGUGUGGGCGAGAGUCGUCGCCGUGAUUGUUGUAUUGAUUUUCGCGAAUGGUUUUACUCCAGCAACAACAACAACAACAGAAGCAAAAAAAAGAAGGAAGAAAAAGUUAAAUGAAGUGAAGAAGACGUCGGAAAGACGAAGAAGAAGAAGUUUGUUCUUGCAUAGAAGAAAGGAAGAGUAAUAUCGCGAGUGUGUGCGGGCGCGUGUGUGUUUACAUAUAAAGAUAUAUGUAUGGAAGAAGAGCCAGAAAGGUGCUGCGGCUACUACGAUUGUAGUAGAAAGUAAGUGGUAUGUUGCGCUAAAAAAGUGCAAAUCGAAGAAAACGAAAUCAAGUUGGCGAACUAGGAAGAAGUUUCUGUCCCGGAGGAAAACAAGAAGAAGAAAGGAACAAAAACAGCAACAGAAGAACAACAACCCUGAAGAAGAAAACAAUAGGAAGAAGACGGCGGAACGAUGUUCAAAUGCAUCCCGAUCUUCAAGGGCUGCAACCGGCAGAUCGAGUACGUGGACAAGCGGCACUGCUCGCUGCCGAAUGUGCCGGAGGAGAUCCUGCGGUACUCGAGAUCGCUCGAGGAACUGCUGCUCGACGCGAACCACAUCCGGGAUUUGCCGAAGAACUUCUUCCGGCUGCACCGGCUGCGCAAGCUGGGCCUCAGCGACAAUGAGAUCAUGAAGCUCCCGUCCGACAUUCAGAACUUUGAGAAUCUGGUCGAGUUGGACGUCUCUCGGAAUGAUAUCGGUGACAUUCCGGAUGACAUCAAGCACCUGCGGAGCCUGCAGAUUGCCGACUUCAGCUCCAAUCCGAUCCCACGGCUUCCGGCCGGGUUCUCGCAGCUCCGCUCGCUGACCGUGCUCGGGCUGAACGACAUGUCGCUGACCUCGCUGCCGCAGGACUUUGGAUGCCUGUCGAAGCUGGAAUCGCUGGAGCUGCGCGAGAACCUGCUCAAAUCGCUGCCGGAGUCGAUCAGCCAGCUGACGAAGCUGGAGCGGCUCGACCUGGGCGAUAACGAAAUCGAAGAGCUUCCGGCGCACCUCGGCUAUCUGCCGUCGCUGCAGGAGCUGUGGCUCGACCACAACCAGCUGCAGAAGCUGCCGCCGGAGAUCGGGCUGCUGCGCAAUCUGGUCUGUCUGGACGUUUCGGAGAACCGGCUGGAAGAGUUGCCGGAGGAGAUCGGCGGGCUGGAGCACCUGACCGAUCUGCACCUGUCCCAGAACCUGCUGGAGGUGCUGCCCGACGGCGUCUCCAAGCUGACCCGGUUGACCAUCCUGAAGCUGGACCAGAACCGGUUGCACACGCUCAACGAGAGCAUCGGCCAGUGCGUGCACAUGCAGGAGCUGAUCCUGACGGAGAACUUCCUGAACGAGCUGCCUUACACGAUCGGCAACAUGACGAUGCUGAACAAUCUGAACGUGGACCGGAACUCCCUGGUCUCGGUCCCGAACGAGCUCGGCAAUUGCCGCAGCCUCGGAGUGCUCAGCCUGCGCGAGAACAAACUCACCAAACUGCCCUCCGAGCUGGGCAACUGCGCCGAACUGCACGUGCUGGACGUGUCCGGCAACCGGCUCCAGUAUCUGCCGUACUCGUUGGUCAACCUGCAGCUCAAAGCGGUGUGGCUCUCGGAGAAUCAGGCGCAACCGUUGCUAACAUUCCAGCCGGACGUGGACGAAGCGACCGGUGACCAGGUGCUCACGUGCUUCCUGCUCCCCCAGCAGGAGUACGUCCCGGCCAGCCCCGAAAACCGCGGCGACGACACCGACUCCGAGGACUGGGAAGAACGCGAAGCGUCCCGAACCCACUCCGUCAAAUUCAGCGAAGACUCCAACGUGGACAAAGACACCCCCUUCGUCCGCCAGAACACCCCCCACCCGAAAGAACUCAAACUCAAAGCCCACAAACUGUUCGCCAAGGAGAAGAAAUCCGACGACAUGAGCGGAGGAAAUCUGGACACCCUCUCGGAAGAGUCGUCCUCGCGCCCCUCCCAACUCAACAAAGCCGCCGCAGGAAUGUCCACCAUGGACGACAUCCAGGGCGUCGCGAAUGAACCCAUUCCGGAGGAGGAGGACGAUGCAGGGGGACGGAAUGUGGUGACGGAGGCGGAGCAUGGCGUUGGAGGCGAAGAGGACGGGUACGAGAAGCGCGUUGGGUUCGAUGUGAACGACGAGGAGCGGUACUACGAGCAGGAACAGCUGCCCGAGGAUGGGGAGGAGGGGGAGGAGGAGGAGUCGCACGAGAAGAAGCCGGUGUCGAAGUUGCAUCGGAGAGACACGCCCCACCACCUGAAAAACAAGCGCGUCCACCACGGCGGCAUCUCGGACAAGGCCAACUCGCUGGUGCUAAACUCGCUCAAGCUGAAGGAACCUCCGGUAGCUCUCCAGCAGCAGCAGCAGCAGCCACCUCCGAAGUUGCUGGAGGAACCGGUGCUGGAAACGGUCCAGGAACCGGCUGGCGGCGAUGACGCUACCGACGCCUUCACCGAGCUCAAGGUGGAAAAGCUCGAGAUCCACAUCGAGCGGACGUCGGCCGGCCUCGGGCUGAGCAUAGCCGGCGGCAAGGGCUCGACGCCGUUCAAGGGCGACGACGAGGGCAUCUUCAUCUCGCGCGUCACCGAGGGGGGUCCCGCCGAUCUGGCCGGCCUCCGGGUGGGCGAUAAGGUACUUAAAGUGAACGGCAUCUCGGUGGUCGAGGCGGACCAUUACGACGCCGUGGAGGUGCUGAAGGCGUGCGGAUCGGUGCUGGUGCUGUUCAUCAGCCGGGAGGUAACCCGGCUAAUUGGACAUCCGGUGUUUGACGAGAGUGGUUCGGUGGCGCAGAUCAACGUGGUUGAGCAGCAGAGCCUGGAGCAGAAGAUGGUGCCGGAGGUUGAGACCGGCGGGGGAGGCAUAGCCGGAGGAGGCGGUGAAGCACCACCGCAUCCGUCGUUCAACGUGGUCGGUCUGCCAAACGGGAACGCUGGAACGCCACCAACCCUGCCAACGAUUGGCUUGCUAAACGGAAAUGAAAUUACCCACAAGGUUAUCCUGCACACGACCCUCAUCCGGGACACGAUUGGCCAGGGCCUUGGGUUCAGCAUAGCUGGUGGCAAAGGACACGCACCCUUCCGGGACGGUUCCGAAGGCAUUUACAUCUCGAAGAUAACCGAGAACGGAGUGGCGCACAAGGAUGGGAAGAUCCUUGUUGGAGACCGCGUGCUCGCAAUCAAUGGGGUUGAUAUUACGAACGCCCACCACGACUAUGCGGUGCAGCUGUUGACCGAUCAUCAGCGCUUUGUGCGGUUGGUAGUGCAGCGGGAGGUGAAGGGGCCGCUGGAGCCGCCGACGAGUCCGCGCAGUCCGGCGAUGCUGAAGAGUCUCAACCCGAGCGGGUACAUGGCGAAUCGACCGGCUUACACCGGUUACCGCCGCUCCAUCGAAGACCCAGCCGACCUCAACAAUCCUGUGGCCGAUGUGGCCAAACCAGCCGCCACCACCACCACCAUCCAGGAACCGCUCACCACCCAGACCACCGUACACAAGCAAAAUGCGAACUCGACGGCGGCGGCGACGACGUUUAUCGGUCAACAACUUCAGCAACAACAGCCGCAGCAACCUCCAUUACCUGCCCCACGAACAGUAUUAUCGCAAACGUCUGUAAAUAACAGCAAUGGUAGUAGUUCUAACAACAACAACAACAUCGUCAUGACCAGCAGCAACACAAACGGUAGUAGUAGCACACAAGCACCACACAACCACAACAACAACAACAUCAUCAACAACAAUCAGUCGUCGGCGGCAGAGCCCGCAAUCAACGGUACAAGCAAUACAAGUAGUAGUUUGGUAGCGAAGGGAGCGCCAACGAAUGACGACGCGCAGGUUGCGGCCCGGCCCAUGACGAGCGCCGACUUUCAGGCGAUGAUCCCGUCGCACUUUAUCAGCGGUGGCCGCCACGGCCAGGUGCAGGUAGAGGCCGGUGAGCACGGCCCCUCGGUCACCGUGACCGUCCAGAAGGCCGUCCCGGACGUGCCGAUGUUGCCGCCGGCGCCCACCGAACUCGGCACCGUCACCGAAACCAUCACCAAGUCGACCUUCACUGAGACGGUAAUGACCCGGGUUACUGACAAUCGGUUAUUGGAACCACUAAUCAGUGAGGAAGUGGUGCUGCCCAAGGAUCAGGGUUCGCUCGGUUUCAGCAUCAUCGGUGGCACGGACCACUCGUGCACGCCAUUCGGGGCCCACGAGCCCGGUAUCUUCAUCUCACAUAUCGUCCCCGGUGGCAUCGCGGCGCUGUCCGGCAAGCUGCGCAUGGGCGACCGCAUCCUCAAGGUGAACGGCACGGACGUGACGGGCGCCACGCACCAGGAAGCGGUGAUGGAGCUGCUGCGGCCGUGCGACGAGAUCCGGCUGACCGUUCAGCACGAUCCGCUGCCUGCCGGAUUCCAGAAUUGCGAAAUAGUUUGCUUGCAAACGGAGGAAGUGCGAAUCGUCAAGCAGGAGGGCGAACGGCUCGGCAUGCACAUCAAGGGCGGCCUCAACGGGCAGCGCGGUAACCCGCUGGACGCCGCCGACGAGGGCGUGUUCAUCUCGAAGAUCAACAGCUCGGGGGCGGCCAAGCGGGACGGCCGGUUACGCGUCGGCCAGCGCAUCCUCGAGGUCAACGGGUGCAGCCUGCUCGGGGCCACGCACCAGGAGGCGGUCAACUCGCUGCGCGCGUCCGGAAACGCGCUCCACCUGGUGGUGUGCAAGGGCUACGAGAAGAGCGAUCUGAUCCACCAGUCGAUCGGCGGUGCCGGCGGAAUGACCGCCGGAAUAAGCAAUAACGGGCACAGCACGCGGAUAGGAUCCCGUGCCUCGGAAACCGGUUCCGAGCUGAGCCAGAGCGUGUCCAGCCUGGACCGAGAGGACUCGAUCGUCGAGAUGUCCCACCAGCGCAAGAUCAGCGUGGAUCGCGUCCCGGAGGAGGAACCGAUGCCCGUGGUGGCGGCAGUUGCCGCCGCCGCUCCGGUAGUACCAGCCAAGCCGACAGUGGUACCAGAACCGGUCACGACGACGGUGGCCGCGGCGCCUUCGCAGGCUCUGAGUCGCGUAACGCCCGUUUCCGGUGACUCGCAGGCGCUGGUGGCCGCGAGGGAGAAGAGUACACCGGAAAAGGUCCUGGACAUUGUCCGCGCCGCCGAAUCGCUGGCCCUGGGUGGAAGCGCCCUCGUCGAGAACGGUCCGCCCAAAUCCCCGACGGAACCGGCCGCGGCCGAACCGCUCCAGAAAACGACCACGAUCGUGAUGUCCAAGCACACGCUGGACACGCACCAAUCGACGCCACAGGUCCCCGACGGCCGCCGAUAUGGCAAUAUCCGGCCCGCGUUGCAUGCAAACGAACCCAGUAAAACCACCACCUCGAUUAACUCCACCUACUCCACUAGUACUACUACCAACACCACCAACACUAGCUCUACUACCUCCUCCGCGUCGACGUCGUCGACGUCCGCGACCUCGUUUGACACUACUAACCAAAACAACAACAACAACAACAACACCUCGUCGACUGCGACUUCGUCGCAGCCACUUCCGGCGACCAAGAGUUACCUUCCGGUUUACACCGGAUAUCGGUCCACAAGCGGAUCCUCGAAGGAACCAUCGCCGGAGAAGCCUCCUCCGAUACCGGCGAGUCGCUCGGUGACGCCCACUCCCGGUGGCGGCCACCGGAAGUCGGUCAGCUUCGAUCUGGACGAUCCGAACGAGUCGGAGCACCGGAAGGCGGCGGCUGCGGCCACCGCGGAGCGUUUGUUGAGGGAUGCGAACAAUAAUAGUGGAGGGGGACAACAGUUGAAGGGGAUUCUGCGCAGCGGGAGUCCGACGGCUUCGAGUCGGAGCAGGAGCACGACGCCGGAAGAGGACCAGGUGCGGGGGCGGUACGUUCGGGGGGAGGAAGUUGAUACCGAGGAGGAUGACAGCGAGGAAGACAGUGAAGAGGAGGAGAGUGAGGAGGAGGACCAUCGGAAUCCGUUCCGGAAGGAGUUUUUGCCGGAAGAGGAAGUGGUCCGGAGGAGGUCACCUCCGAGGAGGGUGGAGGACCGACCGUUGUCCCGAGAGGUGAAGCGAGCGGAGAUUGUGCUCAAUGAGGGUCUCCGGAACAUGGAGGAGGACUUUGGACAGGGAGACUACGUCGAGUACGAGCACGACACCCGGACGAACACGAUCCGGGAGGUUCGCGCGUCAUCGACGCCGGAUCUCAACCGGAUCGAGCUGAUCGCGGCCAAAUAUGACGUCCUCCCGACGAAGAAGCGCGCCGAAUUUAUCCACGAAAACUGCACCGCCAACACGCUCGUUCCGGAAGAGACCCACCGGCAGGUCCUGCUCGAGGAGAACCGCGUCCGUAACGAGCUCCUGUCGCGAUCGACGAACCCGUUCCUAGACUACGGCCAAUCCGUCUCCCCCGUGCCACCCCACCCGGCCUCACCUUCACCGCACUGGUCCGGCUCCAACCCCACAAUCUACCCACCGGUCCAGGUCCUUCCGGUGCACUACACCAAACUUCCGACGCCCCAGCACACAAUCUACACCUUCACCCAACCUGCUCCGCCGGCGCCGCCACCAACCCACCACCACCAUCACCCGUCGCCGUACGGCGGAACAACCUACCUGGUGAGUGACCGGGUGACGUCGCCGACGCAAUCCACGGCCUCCUUCGAUUAUUACGCAACAACACCGCCGACGCUGAUGUCACCGCCACCGCCACCCCUUCCGGCCACGCUGCCCCCACGGACGACCGGUCCCAUUCAGUUUGCACCCAUCCCAUCGACGGUGUUUAGCGAGUUGCACCACCACCAUCAACAACAUCACUUUAAUGUAAACAAUAACAACUUUGUGUCACCGCCAUCAACGUCACCAUCCUCUGCACAGUUUAACAACUACCUUCAUCAGCAACAGCAACAACAGCAAUUUCAACAGCAGCAACAGUUUUAUCACCACCACCACCUUCAUCAACAGCAGCAAUAUCAGGCUGGAGUUUCGCCACCGCCAGCGCCGAAAACGCCGAAGAGCGUGUCCGACAAGAAGCGCUUCUUCGAGAACGCCAUGGAAGAUCAGACCAAGCAGACGCCGAAACCUGAGAAAGUAUUCUCUUUCCUCUCUCAAGACGAGGUCGAGAAGCUGAAGCAGGAGGAGGAGAAGAAGAUUGCGACGCUGGGGCGGCGCCACAUCCGGGAGCGCGACUACGAGGAGGAAGAGGAGGAGGAGGACGAGUUCUGUUCCGGCGAUAACGACGACGAGGACGACGAUGACGAGAUCCGCAGACGGUACGGAAAGUCCGACGAGAACGAUAACGAUAUGAGCAUUAACAAUUCGUCGACGACGGCAUCGAACACAUUCACCACACCAACACAUCAACAACAAUGCCCGACGAUUCACGAGGAACGGCAGCAUUCGGCGACACCUGGGCAGAUGAAAACGCCCGUCAGCCGGAUUCCGAUCCGGACGGCCAACGCCGAGAAGCGAGCGCGCGCCAACGAUAUGCUACCGCCGGAGUACGACGAGUCCAAGCUGAGUCCGUCGGAGAUACGGGCGCUGAGGGCCCAAAAGCGUGCCGCGUGGCGCCAAGCUCGGCUCAAAUCGCUGGAAAAUGAUGCCCUCCAGGCGCAGAUCAUGAUCCAAACGAUGAACGCCGUCACGAUGCAGGACGGCGAUCAGUCGAACAACAACAACCCGGCGGUGCUCCAUUUGAAAUCUGACCAUCACGAUUACUACCCAACGAUUGCCGAGCACGUCGUCAGUAGCAGCGACGAGCAGUCAUCAACGACGUCAUCGCUAACCCAGGUCAGUGGCGCGGCGUACCCACCGAUCGCCCCGAAACCUCCCACGGUCCGGUUUCCCCGGAUUGCGGUGAAAUCGCGCGAAACCGGCAACGAAGUGGUGCUGCGCGAGACGGAAAAAGUGCUCGACGAGAAGGUGAUCGGCGGAAGGACGGAGGAACUGCCCGGUGGGGGCCUGCGGACCGUCGAGUACGUGGAGAAGGUCAUCGAGACGGAGGUCGAAACGAUGCGCGAGCGCAUCAUCAUGCUCGAGCUGGAAGAGCCCUCCUCCGGCAGCAGCGAACGUCCACUCCCCGCCCAAAAGUCCCUGGACCUGGACGAUUCGACCGAGGCGGCGGACGACGUGUCCCUGGAGGAAGAUCACGUCGACCACGGUGGGCCGUUUGACGAGGAGGAUGAAGAUGAAGACGAGGAAGAAGACGAGGAAGACGAAGUGAAUCCCCUGCAGACGAUCGUGGAGGUCGUCAACCCGGCGUUGAGUGGGGGAAAUGGCCAGAUCAAUGACAUCAUCGUUGGCCGGUACAACGACGAUUGCGGGGUCGGUGGAGGGGACGAUUCAUUUGUGUCCUCGGCGGGAGGUUAUGGGGAGGGUAGCAGCAGGUUUGGAUACGAGGAAGGACGGUACGUGUCGAUCAACGAUAAGAUGAAGAACGUGCUGCGGGAGCUGAAGCAGAACGAGAAGGUGAGACUGAACCUUAGCAAGAGUAUGACGGAGGAGGAGCGGGCGGAGCAGGAGGAGGAGGAAGAGGAGGAUGAUGAAGAUUUGGAGCAGUAUCGGCAGCAGAUGGAGUAUGCGCACUCGGAACAAUACCCCUCAAUCGUAUCCGCCGGUGGCGGCGGCAUCCACAACGACGCCGCCGAAGUCGACGACGACGACGAAGAGUUCCGGCACUACGAGGAGAAAACCGGUGCCAUCGGAACGGUGUUUAUGGUGCGCGAGCGUCUCAUCAACGACUUUUACACCCACCAGAGCGAUUUGCACGAACAACCUGCUCCAGCUCCUUCGAGUCAACCGAGUCAGAUUCCCACCCGGGUGGUGGACUUUUACGCCGGCGAGGACGAUGGCUGCGAGGUCAUCGGCAAUCCGAGCGCUUUCGAAGCGUUUGGCGGGGACGAACAGCUGGACCGGAUGGCCAAGCUGCAGAAGCAAACGCUGCAGGACGAGAAACUGCGGGCGGUUUUCUGCGCCGAAGAGGACGACGACGACGAUGAGGAUGAGGUCGUCGGGGGGAAGAAGACUGGGGAGGAAAAACCCAGCGGGAUUCCGGUGGCAACUGGGACCGGCUCCAAGCGCAAGAAGCGAAAGAGCAAAAAAAAGAAGUAGAAAUGAGAGGUGGGUUGAGCAUUAUUAUUUUUCGUCCCGUCGAAAUCUCCGUCCUAAAAUCACAAACUAAAAGAGAGAGUUUUAUUUGUGGUUUGCAUUUGUUUUUACCGUUGAUCGAAUCGAACGAAAAUCGCGAAAGAUUGGUUUUAAAAACUAAACACAGCAAAAAACACAAUUCACACACGUUCUAGAAAUUCCAUAACGCAAUUCCACAGCACUGCAAUUAUUUUAGUCGUCGCGACAAUAAGUAACGAAGAAGAAAGGUUAAUAAGUUUUACUUGCUAAUUGGAAAAAAACUAUUAUUUUCUCAAACACAAGUAUUUAUUUAUCUAUCUGAUAAUAACCAAUUCCUUAUUUUUUUAUAUUUUCGUGAAAAAGAAAAAGGAUGCAAUGUGGAAGUUAAGUGAAACUCACACACACACUAUUUUUACAAUAAUUACUUUAAUUAAUAUUUAAUGGUAAAAAAAAUCUAGCAACUAAACAAAAUCAACAAAACUGAAUGAUAAUCAUUGUCAAUCUCUCCACUAUACUUUAUAUUAAUCUACUACGAAAAAUCUGCUACGUAUAAGAGAAAUUGUGUGACUUUU